UCCGAGUGAAGGCUGAAGAUGGUCUGAUGGACCGCCGCUUCUUGCUGACCUUCCUCUUCUGCUCACUGUUGUGGAUCUUCUUCUGGGAAGUGCGCUGGAAGAAAUAUAAAGAACGUCAGAUCAAGGAAUGGCUUCGAGGACAUAGCCUCUAUGAACACAGGCACUUAUUUGAAGAUGUCCAGACACUGGAGGAACUGAGUUUGAGUGUAUUGAGUCGUCUGGAGGAGGUGGUGGUGAAAGAACAGCAGCACUGGAAGGAAAUUGCAGAAGCUCACUUCCAGCUACUCCAAGACUUUGCCUUCCAGGAGUGGCUUUGUGCCCAAAACUUAGAGCAUUAUUACUAUACAUUAAAGACCCUGGGUUGUAUGAAUCUGGAUGACCUAGCUCAUUUUGACAGUCAGCUGCAGCUCUUGCUUGCUGCCUGGGGCUACUACUACGAAGAUUACAUAAGGUUGUCUACAGGUAUCAAGGUCCUCCAGACAUCCAGGGGUAGCCGUGACCAGGACUACGAGAUCCGGCUGGUACACAGCCUAGCUGAGAGGAGUCUGAAUGAGAAGUGGUCAUUUGCAGGAGCUCUUUUAUUUGGCUGUACUGUGGCGUUGUGCUUCUCGACAAGGGACCUCAUGUUUUACGUGAUUGGUGGAAUUACCGUUUCCAUCAUAGCCUUUGUCUUUACCAUCAAGUUCCUUUGUGAGCUUGCAGCAAGAGUGGUUAGCUUUCUGCAAAAUGAGGAUCCGGGACGACGUGGUGACCGCAGCAUCUAUGACUACGUCCGGGGCAACUACCUGGACCCACGUUCCUGUAAGGUGUCAUGGGAUUGGAAGGAACCACAGGAGGUGGGACAUACUAUGAGCUUCAGAGUCCAGCUGUUCUAUAAGAAUGGUCAGCCUUUCCCAGCUCAUCGACCUGUGGGGCUGCGGGUCAACAUCACCCACAUUGAACUGGCUUUGGACAUCCCUAUCACACAGGAGGUUCUGCAGGAGCCGGAGUCCAACGUAGUCAAAGUGACCUUCACAGUGCGCAAGGCUGGACGCUACGAGGUCGCCGUCAAGUUGGGUGGUCUCAAUGUGGCCUACAGCCCUUAUUACAAAAUAUUCCAGCCAGGUACAGUAGUUCCAUCCAAAACCAAGAUAGCCUACCAUUUCUCAACCCUGGUGCUAACAAACGGACAGCGGCACACAUUGCAGAUCGAGCCCAGGGAUGAGUAUGGCAACCCCACCAGUAACUCCACAUCUCUCACAGAUGAGGCCAACUACACUGUCCAUGUGCAUUCUCUGGGUACGGUGGAUGACGAGAGCUCAGAGGAUUAUUACAGUAAGUCAGUUUCACUUAACAAGCAGCAGUGUCAGGUUCUGCUGAGACUGACCCUGAAGAAAACUGGCUGUUUCCGGGCCCGCAUUUCCUACAAAGACCAGCCGCUCAGCAACGGGGAAUUUGACAUUAUUGUUCUCAGUGAGAAUGAGAAGGCCUGUGUGGAGAAGAAUGUGUCCACUCCGGGCAUCAGCAUUUAUUUUGAAGCUUACCUGUACAGCAGCGGGAACUACAGCAGCUUGUCGUGGCAGCUGCCAGCCUCCUCUUUGCUGGCUCCUCAGAGACGGCCCUCUAUGGGAGAGGAAGAGGAUGAGCACGACUCUCCUGUGGAGGGACAACCUGAGAAGGUCAAGAAACCUAAAAAGGUCUACUGCUACAUAUCGCCAAAGCAACUGUCUGUGAAGGAAUUCUACCUGAAAAUUAUUCCGUGGCGCCUUUACACCUUUCGCGUGUGCCCAGGAACGAAGUUUACCUAUCAUGGUCCUGACCCUGUUCACAAGCACCUAACUCUAGUGGUGGAUGAUGGGAUCCAGCCUCCUGUGGAGCUAAGCUGCAAAGACAGGAACAUCAUGGCUGCCACUUUCAUUCGCUUUCUACACAAAAACAUCGGUGGUUCUGAAACGUUCCAAGACAAGGUGAACUUCUUUCAGCGUGAACUCAGGCACAUCCACUCCAAGAAACCUCGCACCAAGACCUGCCUAAAAAUUGCCCGACACUCUGUUCUAGAUUCAUCCUUAAAGGCGACAAGGAACUUCUCAGUGUCAGACUGGAGUAAGAACUUUGAGGUGGUGUUUCAGGAUGAGGAAGCUCUGGACUGGGGAGGACCUCGCAGGGAAUGGUUUGAACUGGUUUGUAAAACCCUCUUUGACACCUCCAACCAGCUGUUCACCCGCUUCAGCGACAACAACCAGGGCCUCGUGCACCCAAACCCCGACAGGCCGCCACACCUGCGUUUAAAGAUGUAUGAGUUUGCGGGUCGUGUGGUUGGGAAGUGUCUGUAUGAAUCUGCUCUUGGUGGGGCUUACAAACAGCUGGUCCGGGCUCGCUUUACACGUUCCUUCUUGGCCCAGAUCAUCGGCCUUCGGAUGAACUACAAGUACUUUGAGACAGAUGACCAGGAGUUCUACAAAACUAAAGUCUGCUUCAUCCUAAACAAUGACGUAAGUGAAAUGGACCUUGUGUUUGCCGAGGAGAAGUACAGCAAGUCGGGACAGCUGGAGAAGGUGGUGGAGUUGAUAUCUGGCGGAGCUCAGAUUGCUGUUACAAACGAGAACAAGAUGCAUUAUCUCAAUCUGCUCGCCCAGUACAGGUUGGCUAGCCAAGUGAGAGAUGAGGUGGAACACUUCCUAAAAGGUUUGAAUGAACUUGUUCCAGAAAACCUUCUAGCCAUAUUUGAUGAGAAUGAGCUGGAGCUGUUGAUGUGUGGCACGGGCGAUAUAAAUGUGCAGGACUUCAAGGCCCACGCUGUGAUUGUCGGAGGAUCGUGGCACUUCAGAGAGAAGGUGAUGAAGUGGUUUUGGGCGGUGGUGUCCAGUUUCACUCAGGAGGAGUUGGCUCGUCUGCUACAGUUCACCACUGGUUCAUCCCAGCUUCCUCCCGGAGGAUUCAACACCCUUUGCCCCUCCUUCCAGAUUAUUGCUGCCCCUACACACAGCACUUUGCCCACUGCACACACCUGUUUUAACCAGCUGUGCCUCCCCACCUACGACUCCUACGAGGAGCUGCACAAGAUGCUGAAGCUGGCCAUCAGUGAAGGCAGCGAGGGCUUUGGCAUGCUCUGACCCCUCCCUCACGGCACUACAGUCCUGUCUCUGUAAGGGAAACCCAGCACUCCAGGACCAUCCAUCAAAAUCACCAAAACGCACUUCAGGGCCGAGAACUCGGACUGUGUGUUAAUUCUCUGUCUGGGUGUGAAGACGUCACAGGAAGUCCUGGAAGGCUGCAACUGAUCCUGUGAUGUGAUCGCUGCUGUGUUUAUGUACAUAUAUAUACAGUAUUAUACUUUUCUAUAAAGGAAGCACUCAAACAGGCGAGUUUUGGAAUAAUUUUAUUGCUGAAUGCUUUUUCUGUGGAGUGGGCACACAACCCCAGAGUCUGAAGUAUU